GCUCGAGUCCGGAGUCCCCUCCUCCUCCUCCUCCUCCGGCGACGACGACGAGCACGGUGGUCGGUGGUCCGGCGCGCAACAAUGACGGCUGGAUACAUUGCCGGUUCCCUGGUUGGGUCCUUUGCGAUUGCUUACCUAUGUGACACAUUUGUUUCAGACAAGAAGGCAUUUGGAGGCAGCAUUCCAAAGACUGUUUCUGACAAGGAGUGGUGGCUAGCCACUGAUACCAAGUUCCAGGCCUGGCCUCGGACUGCUGGACCACCGGUGAUCAUGAACCCCGUCAGCCGCCAGAACUUCAUCGUCAGGUCCACUGAAUAGGCGAGACACAGAAGCUGGUUCGGCGUCUUGUUUCCAUCAAGGAGCUGAAGUUUAUUUUUUUAGGUCUUAAAACUGUAAUAAAACAAACUACAGUUAGGACUUUUUGCAGUUUCCAUCACACCUGUAGCAAAUUUUGGGGCUUACAGCAUAACAUUUGAUGAAUUAUGUUCAUUGGUGAAAAUUACCACCAGGCAGCAGAGAGUUGUAAUUGUUCUCCUAUCUUCAUGUAUUCUUUGGCUAAUCAGCUGCUUAAGCUCAUCUUGUGGUGAUUGAUUUU